GAUCUUAUUGUCUUUAUUGUUUUGAAUUUCUUAAUAAUUCAAUUAAGGAGUUGUCACGUUCAUACAAUGAAAGAUUUCGAAUGAAUGAGAAUGUUGAUAUUUGGGUAGAUUCAGAAACUCAACCUGAGUCUGACACAUCAGAUGUUGAACCUGUAAAAGAAUGUGUUGAGAUUGAUGAAAGGUUAAAAAAGAGAAUUGCAG